AUGGCUUUUGCAGGAUUAAAAAAGCAGAUUAACAAAGCCAAUCAGUAUGUCACGGAGAAAAUGGGGGGAGCGGAGGGAACGAAGUUGGACGUUGAUUUUGUCGAAAUGGAAAGGAAAGCGGAUGUUAUUUACGAAUUGGUAGAAGAACUUCAAGCGAAAGCGAAAGAAUUUUUGCAACCUAAUCCGACAGCAAGAGCGAAAAUGGCCGCAGUCAAGGGAAUAUCGAAAAUGAGCGGUCAAGCCAAAGCUCAAACGUAUCCUCAACCCGAAGGAGUGUUGGGAGAUUGUUUAACUUUAUACGGGAAAAAAUUAGGAGAAGAUAGUAUUUUUGCUCAGUCCAUGGUCGAAAUGGGUGAAUCAAUGAAACAAAUGGCGGAUGCUAAAUAUUCAUUGGAUGAUAACAUUAAGCAAAACUUUUUAGAACCUUUGCAUCAUUUACAGACUAAAGAUCUGAAAGAAGUUAUGCAUCAUCGGAAGAAGUUACAAGGAAGACGUUUAGAUUUUGAUUGCAAACGACGAAGACAAGCCAAAGAAGAUGAAAUAAAGCAAGCAGAAGAAAAAUUUGCCGAAUCUUUACACCUUGCUCAGAUGGGAAUGUUUAAUUUAUUCGAAAAUGAAGUAGAACAAAUUUCCCAAUUGUGCACGUUUGCUGAUGCUCUCUUGGAAUACCACGAACAAUGCGUAGUUAUAUUGAAGUCGAUGACGGAAACGUUGCAUGAAAAAAGAGAAGAAGCUGUCAACAGACCAAAACCAGAGUUUGUACCCAAAACACUCGCUGAUUUACACAUUGAAGGAAUUUCCGAUGGAAUAUCUAGUAAUACAUCUCCUUUAGCAUCACCGAUGAAAAAUUCUCCAGCUAAAACACCCGUCGUUCAUCAAACACAAAAUAAAACGCCUUCUUGUACUGCUCUGUACGAUUUCGAACCGGAAAAUCCUGGAGAAUUGGGUUUUAAGGAAGGUGACAAUAUCACUUUACUAAGUAAAAUCGAUGAGAAUUGGUUCGAAGGUACGGUUAAUGGAAAAACUGGAUAUUUUCCCGUUUCAUACGUUCAAGUAACCGUUCCUUUACCGUAA